ACGGGGGAAGGAGAUGGCGGCGCAGGGAAGGAGCGGCUCGGGGGAGCAGUGGGGUUCGGCACGGGAGGAGCCGGAGUUGCUGCUGCAUCCGGAGCUGCUCUCGGAGGAAUUCCUGCUGCUCACCCUGGAGCAGAAAAAUAUACUUGUCGAAAAUGAUGUAAAGAUGGACAAAGAUGGUCUCACUGAUCUCUAUAUUCAACAUGCCAUUCCUCUGCCUCGGCGUGACUUACCAAAAAGUAGAUGGGGGAAAACGAUGGAAAAGAAAAGGCAGCAAAAUGACUUGAAAAGUGAAAAUAAAAGUGUUACAACAGUGGAAGGUUUGAGGAAACGGCCAUUAAUUGUAUUUGAUGGCAAUUCAACAAGUACAAGCAUAAAGGUGAAGAAGACAGAGAAUGGAGCUGCUGAUCGCUUAAAACCUCCUCCAGCUGGAAGCACCACCAACACUGUUAGAAGAUUAUCAGUUCCUUCCAAUGCCUCAACAUACAUUUCAGCCUCCAGUUUAUCAGAGGACGCUAAACUGGAAAUGAGGAAUAAUGAGACUAAGCAGAACAAUAUUUCAAAGACUAACAGCAGUGUGUUGGCUAGUCUGAAGGUCUACCCUUUGUCUCCAGUAGCAGGAACUACUGUUGUGAAGUUAAAGAGAGCGGUUCCAAAAGAAGAAUCUGAUUUGCCGAAUGACCUAAAGCCUGUGGAAGCAAAGAAGAAAAUCCAGCAUGUUACAUGGCCAUGAAGUAGCUAAUGGUGCUUGAAAAAUAAAUGUUACUUCCCUAUUUUCAAAUAGAUAAGUCAUAUUUAAACAGUUGAAGUACAGUGCUUUUUAAAUCUUACAGGGAUUCAGAUUGCUCUGAAGUUUUAACAAGUUUCAUAGUUCCCUAUUGUAAAGCUGGAGUCAUGUAUCACCAGUCACCUUAAGAGCUUCUACUCUUAUACACCAAGUAGUUCAUUUUUCUUUAAAAGGUGGCAAUAUUACACUAUACUAAGCCCCCCACUCUUAGUUUUCAAGAUUAUUAUGGUUCAUCUCCUGCAUGUCACUAUAAUUCACACAUAUAAAUAUGUAUUUUUUUUUUGUUUCGGUAAGAUUCAGUUUUGUUCCACUUCAGGUAAAAUAGUUAAAAUAACUAUUGAGAUUCUGAGUGAUCCCAAGAGCUUUCUUGGUUUCAAAGAGGUGAUUUGUUUAGAUGAGGAAACUGAUGAUUCUGCUGCUAAGAUAGUCUGAGACAACUUUUUUCCCUUUUUGUUGCACAGAACAGGAGUGUAGAAUAUACAGGGCAAGUUAGGUUGGUAAUAAGAGAUGAACUUUUUAACAGCAUUACUUCAAAUUGAAGUUUCUCUUAUUGACAUGAAAAAAGAAAUGCACGGAUGGAAGUAUGUUUCAUUGAACUGUCUGAUGUGAGUCUUUGAAAGAAAGUAGUGAAUGGAUUAAUGCCACGUUCCCUUAAAUGCACAGGCAUAUUCUAUACAUGCAAAGUGUAAAAAUGUGCCGAUGUAGCAAAUUUGCUUGUUUUCCUGGUUACAAGCAUGCUUAUAAAAUAUGGGGAGAGCCUGUGGAAUGCAGGUCAGUGCUUUCUUAACUUACUAACAGUUGGAGAGGGAAAGGAAGACACGAGAAGUACCUUGAGAGCAUUAGCGUAUGUAGUUACACUCUGAAAAAAUAAAACAACUUAUUUUCCCUCCCUUUGAUAAUUUAAUUGGUUUUCUGUGAAACUUGGUGUUUCCUCUAGAUUGG